AUGACGGCACUCAGACUGCUGGGCCUGCUGGCCGGCCUACUGGCGACCUCCAGGGCUGGCUCGGCCCCCCUGGUGGACAUCGUGGGUGGCAGGAAGGCCCCGCGGCAGGAAUUCCCAUUCCUGGCCUCCAUUCAGACCCAAGGGCGGCACUUCUGCGGGGGCGCCCUGAUCCACCCCAGCUUCAUCCUGACAGCCGCCAGCUGCUUCCAAAGCCGCAACACCGGGACUGCCACUGUGGUGCUGGGGGCCUACAAGCUGAGGCGGCGGGAGAGGUCCCGGCAGACUUUCUCCAUCAGGAGCGUCAGCGAGAAUGGCUAUGACCCCCAAGAGAACCUGAACGACGUGCUGCUGCUGCAGCUGGACCGUCAGGCCAACCUCACCAGCAGCACCGUGGCAGUGGUACCACUGCCCCCACAGAACGCCACGGUGGAAGCUGGUACCAACUGUCAGGUCGCAGGCUGGGGCGCCCGACGGCAGAGGGGGCGUCUCUCCCGAGUCCCAAGGGUCGUGAACGUCACUGUGACCCCGUCGGACCAGUGUCGCCCGAACAAUGUGUGCACCGGCGUCCUUACCCGCCGGGGCGGCAUCUGCCAGGCGGCCUGUGAGGGGGCAAACUUUGUGCAAGACGUGGCCCCGGGGAAGCUGGGGCGGCACAUCCGGGAAUUCUGCGGACUGCUGUAA